GUUCUAGGUCUCAAAUCCCUCCUCGAAUAAAUUCAGCGAGUGAAACAUAGUGAUAAAGGGGUGGGCAUUCUUAGCUCGUGGUCGGCAGAAACCUAUGUCUAGUGAUCAACUGAAAGAUUUUUAUAACAGGCUUCACAGCGAUCUGGCUAAUGUAGAGCGAAAAUCAGAGGAUGAGAUUACCAUAGACGAUUAUAAAGGUAUCCAUGAUGAAUUUACCAGGCUACUGAAAACUCUUGACGUUUGUGACAACCAAGAGGCUGCGUAUACUACUGAAAAGAGUAUAGAAGAAUUAGAUGAUGACCUCCAAAGACUGAGCUCCGGGUGUAGUGAGCUGCAGCUAAGUGCCAUGAGCGAAUGUGUGGCUACCGCUUCUUGUAUUGAGUCUUCCCUGAUAAGUAAUUUCAAGCGUGACAUUCCUGAUGACGCUAGGGGUUUUCAAAUGGUUGCGACUCAGGUGGCAGAGCUGCGUGCACAGCUCAUAGUAGCUCAGAUUGUCCUCAAAGCUCUUCUCUCUAAAAGUAUAGAAGAUAUUAGUGAGGGCCGUUUUCUGACUACAGAUAUUCAUUACGCACAGACGGAAACAUGGGAUGCUAAAGAGGAGCAGCUUGUGCAGCUUUUGAACAGUCUCCGACUCAAGGCAUCUGCCAAGGGCAUUCCGUUGGAUACUGAGGAGCAGCUUAUGACAGAGGUGCGAUGCCUUGCUAAGGAGGCCAUUGAGCAUGUUCAACAGGGUCUACAACAAAGGAAAGCACGGGAUGAGCAGCUCAUUUCAUUUUUUAAGGAAUGUAGCAAACUUAUCCUUUGGUGCCGGAAGCAAAUUUCCAAUUUGGAAGCCUUGCAGGAGCCUGACCACAUUCAGGCCUUCUGUGCGACAUUAGCCGAGAGCUACAAAACCAUGUCUAGCAAUUUUGCAGUACUUGUUCAAAAUGUUUAUCCCUACGUGCGUGCAAAUCAUCAGCCUGUACGUCAGGCGCUGGAGGAGGCGAACGAGCUCUGGUAUUAUUUAUUAGUGUUCGCGUUCGAGCGACUGUCCAAGACUCUCCUUGAGAUCCAUCCAAAGUCUCCUUUGGAUGUGCAGGUGGACAAGUAUGCUGCAUACCCCCGGCAUGUCUUGUCUUUCCUGGACGCCCUGGAAGAAUUUUUUGAUGAUGUUUCUACAAAGAAAGUUCUAUUUGCAGAGGAUAUUCCUGGGCUGUGUGCGCGCUGUGAUGAGGUACGUAUGAUAAUUCAAAAGCAUGAAUCUUCGCUGGUAGAUGGAGCCCAUCGGUUUGCGGUGCGCGCGCGGGCGAUGCGCAAUGCAUACACUUUUCUUCGGGAGGCACUGUUGACGCGUCUGACCUUUCUAUCCUCCACGGCUGACAUCGUGAUUAAUUCAAAACGUCGGCAACAUGAGUUCGAAGAGUGUGUGCGUGAGCUGAAGAGCUGGGCUGCCGACCAAGCACACGGUGAAUCGUGGAGAGACAUUUAUAGUAAGAUUGUUGAAAUCAAGCGUAUGAUAGAACGGGAAAACGAAAACAUUGAAUGUCGAAAAGUGGCAACGGAUACACAGUAA